AGCGGGCUGUCGGUCGCUGGAGCGACAAUGCGCGGCAGCCGGGGACUGUGAGCUAAGCGCGGCGGCGCGGCCGGGCGCCCCUGAAUGGCGGCUCGCUGAGGCGGUGGCGCGGCGCGGGCUCCUCCCGGCGUGGGGUGGCGGGGCCGGGGUGAUGCUGCUUAAGCUCCUGCAGAGACAGACCUAUACCUGCCUAUCCCACAGGUAUGGGCUCUACGUCUGCUUCGUGGGCGUCGUGGUCACCAUCGUCUCGGCUUUCCAGUUCGGAGAGGUGGUUCUGGAAUGGAGCCGUGAUCAAUACCAUGUUUUAUUUGAUUCCUACAGAGACAACAUUGCUGGGAAAUCCUUUCAGAAUCGGCUCUGUCUGCCCAUGCCAAUUGAUGUGGUUUACACCUGGGUGAAUGGCACGGACCUCGAACUGCUAAAGGAACUACAGCAGGUCCGGGAGCACAUGGAGGAAGAACAGAAAGCCAUGCGGGAAAUCCUCGGGAAGAACACAACCGAACCAACGAAGAAGAGUGAGAGGCAGCUGGAGUGUCUCCUGACGCACUGCAUUAAGGUGCCCAUGCUUGUUCUGGACCCUCCGCUGCCAGCCAACUGCACCCUGAAGGACCUGCCAGCUCUUUAUCCAUCGUUUCACGCUGCCAGCGACAUGUUCAACAUCGCAAAACCCAAAAAUCCAUCUACUAAUGUCUCGGUUGUCGUUUUUGACACUACCAAGGAUGUUGAAGACGCCCAUGCUGGACUGUUUAAAGGAAGCAGCAAGCAGACAGUGUGGAGAGCCUACUUGACAACAGACAAAGAAGUCCCAGGCUUAGUGCUGAUGCAAGACCUGGCGUUCCUGAGUGGAUUCCCACCAACAUUCAAGGAGACGAUUCAGCUGAAGACAAAACUGCCAGAAAAUCUUUCUUCUAAAAUAAAACUGUUGCAGCUGUACUCGGAGGCCAGCGUCGCUCUUCUGAAAUUGAAUAACCCCAAAGGUUUCCCCGAGCUGAACAAGCAGACCAAGAAGAACAUGAGCAUCAGUGGGAAGGAACUGGCCAUCAGCCCUGCCUAUCUGCUGUGGGACCUGAGCGCCAUCAGCCAGUCCAAGCAGGAUGAAGAUGUGUCUGCCAGCCGCUUCGAGGAUAACGAAGAGCUGAGGUACUCACUGAGAUCUAUCGAGAGACAUGCGCCAUGGGUACGGAAUAUUUUCAUUGUCACCAACGGGCAGAUUCCAUCCUGGCUGAACCUUGACAACCCUCGAGUGACCAUCGUGACCCACCAGGACAUUUUCCAAAACCUGAGCCACUUGCCUACCUUCAGCUCCCCUGCCAUUGAAAGCCACAUCCACCGCAUCGAGGGGCUGUCCCAGAAGUUCAUUUAUCUAAAUGACGAUGUCAUGUUUGGUAAGGACGUUUGGCCCGAUGACUUUUACAGCCACUCCAAAGGUCAAAAGGUUUAUCUGACAUGGCCGGUGCCGAAUUGUGCAGAGGGCUGCCCGGGCUCCUGGAUCAAAGACGGCUACUGUGAUAAGGCCUGUAAUAACUCAGCCUGUGACUGGGAUGGCGGAGACUGCUCUGGUAAUAGCGCAGGGAGUCGCUAUGUCGCCGGAGGCGGGGGUACCGGCAAUAUUGGAGUCGGGCAGCGCUGGCAGUUUGGUGGAGGAAUAAACACUAUCUCUUACUGUAACCAAGGGUGUGCAAACUCCUGGCUGGCCGAUAAGUUCUGUGACCAGGCCUGCAACGUCCUGUCCUGUGGGUUUGAUGCUGGCGACUGUGGACAAGAUCAUUUUCAUGAAUUGUAUAAAGUAACACUUCUCCCAAACCAGACUCACUAUGUUGUCCCCAAAGGUGAAUACCUGUCUUAUUUCAGCUUUGCAAACAUAGCCAAAAGAGGCGUUGAGGGGACCUACAGUGACAACCCCAUCGUCCGUCACGCGUCUAUCGCAAACAAGUGGAAAACCAUACACCUCAUAAUGCACAGUGGGAUGAACGCAACCACGAUCUAUUUUAACCUCACCCUUCAAAACUCAAACGAUGAAGAGUUCAAAAUCCAGAUAGCAGUAGAGGUGGACACGAGGGAGGUGCCUAAACCGAACUCCACAACCCAGAAGACCUAUGACAAUUUGGUUAGCCCAGUGACACCUCUUCCUCAGGCUGACGUCCCUUUUGAAGAUGUUCCCAAAGAGAAACGCUUCCCCAGGGUCAGGAGACCUGAUGUAAACGCAACAGGGAAAGUCCAGGAGGAGGUGAAAAUCCCCCGGGUGAAUAUUUCCCUCCUUCCCAAAGAGGCCCAGGUGAGGCUGAGCAACCUGGAUUCGCAACUGGAACGUGGAGACAUCACUCUGAAAGGAUACAACUUGUCCAAGUCAGCCCUGCUGAGACCUUUCCUGAGGAAUUCACUAGAUACUAAAGGAAAACCUCAAGCUGGGACAGAUGAGACAAAAGACAACCUGGAGGUCCCACAGGAAGACCCCUCUCACCAACGUCCACGUGGCUUUGCUGCCGCACGCAGACCAGAGAGGUGGACGACCCCAGCGGAGACAGCGACUGUGAACGGUCGUGACCACGGUUUGAAUCCACCCCCGACCCAACCUGUGCCCAAAGAGAACCUCUCACCACUGAUCAUUCCCCCAGAAGGCCGCAUGCCAAAGGAAGGGGACAGAGACAGAGCAGAGGGCAAUGCUGAUAGCCACGUACCUGUAAACGAGCUGGUGCCUGGCAGGAGGCUACAGCAGCACAUACCCAGUUACCCAGGCUUUUUGCCCUGGGAGAAAAACAAGUAUUUCCAAGACCUUCUUGAUGAGGAAGAGUCAUUAAAGAAACAGUUGGCGUACUUUACUGACAGCAGACAUGCGGGGAGACAACUAAAAGAUACGUUUGCAGACUCCCUCCGAUACGUCAAUAAAAUUCUCAAUAGCAAGUUUGGAUUCACAUCCAGGAAAGUCCCCGCACACAUGCCACACAUGAUCGACAGGAUCGUUAUGCAAGAACUACAAGAUAUGUUCCCUGAAGAGUUUGACAAGACGUCAUUUCACAAGGUGCGUCACUCUGAGGACAUGCAGUUUGCCUUCUCCUAUUUCUAUUACCUCAUGAGUGCAGUUCAGCCCCUGAAUCUCUCUCAAGUCUUUGAUGAAGUUGAUACAGACCAAUCCGGUGUCCUGUCAGAUAGAGAAAUCCGAACACUGGCCACAAGAGUUCACGAUCUACCUUUAAGUCUGCAGGAUUUGACAGGUUUGGAACACAUGUUGAUAAACUGCUCAAAGCUGCUCCCUGCUAAUAUCACUCAACUAAGCAACAUCCCACCAACUCAGGAAGCGUACUAUGACCCCAAUCUGCCGCCGGUCACUAAGAGUCUUGUCACCAAUUGCAAGCCGGUAACUGACAAGAUCCACAAAGCAUAUAAAGACAAGAACAAAUACAGGUUUGAAAUCAUGGGAGAGGAAGAAAUCGCUUUCAAGAUGAUACGUACCAAUGUUUCUCAUGUGGUUGGCCAGUUGGAUGACAUCAGAAAAAACCCCAGGAAGUUUGUCUGUCUGAAUGACAACAUUGACCACAAUCAUAAAGAUGCCCAGACAGUGAAAGCUGUUCUCAGGGACUUCUAUGAAUCCAUGUUUCCCAUACCUUCCCAGUUUGAGCUGCCAAGGGAGUAUCGGAACCGUUUUCUUCACAUGCAUGAGCUUCAGGAAUGGAGAGCAUAUCGAGACAAGCUGAAGUUUUGGACCCACUGCGUGCUAGCGACAUUGAUCAUAUUUACUGUAUUCUCAUUUUUUGCUGAGCAGAUAAUUGCUCUGAAGAGGAAGAUAUUCCCCAGGAGGAGAACGCACAAGGAAGCUAGUCCAGACCAGAUCCGGGUGUAGAAGAUCUCCAUUGGAAAGUCACCUACCUCAGCAUCUGUGAACAUCCCCCUCCUCGCCACCACUGCGGUGUCCCUGUGAUGUGCCACGGAGGCAGCCUCGUGGGGAGAAGGGACAGCACGCCUACUGUGUGCUGCGUGCUACGCUGUGAAGAGAGCCCAUCGACCUGGGAUGACUCUCACACUAAGAACUUGUAUCGUAGUUUGUACAGUUGUACUUUUAAAGGAUUUGCUGGCGGACCUGUCAGGUUGUUGAUAAACCCUCCCUGACAAGCUGCCGGUUUCUUCCCCCAGUUACUGCGGACUGAGAAGUCAGGGCAUCUUGAAAGCAGGUGCUGAGGGACCCUCGUCUUUGCAUUCCAAAGCCAUCUACCAUAACCGCUCGCUUUUCUCCUCCCCUGAUCCAUUGCCUGUUUUUAAAACAGUAAGUGGCUACUAAGUUAGUCACUCUCGUUUCUGAAAAUAACAAAUCAGGAUGUCAAAACAUGUUUGUAUAGAGCUCAUUUAAAUAAUGUAAAGCGAUUACUUCUUGAGCAUAUCUAAAUUAUUGAUUUUAUUAACAUGCAAGUGGUCUUGAAUCGCUAACAACUACUGAAGAGCUUGAGACCGAUGUGGAAAACGCUUUGAGCUUGCUUAACUCAUUCCCCAGGGAUACUGAUCGCCUGUGCGGGCCUGAUUGCAUAGGCUGGUGUCAAGUAGCAGGGCUGCUCACCAGAUGUAAUUAUGUCGUGGAGAUGUAUGUACGCAAACAAGUGCCUCACUUCAGAAAUGACCAGUGCUGUCAGCACCAGCCCACGACUGUGGUGUCCAGUUGGGAAUCCAUCAUAUCGUCCAACGCUCACCCUGCUUGAGCAGGGGCCAACCAGCUUCUGUAAAAGAACAGUAAAUAACUUGAGACCCAUCAUCCAUCUUUGUCAAACGGUCUUCUUUGCUUAAAUUUUUUGUUGUUUUGGAUGAUUUAUUUUUAUUAUUUUGUUGCUUUUCAAGACAAGGAUUCUCUGUGUAUCCCUGGCUGUUUCAGUAAUUCACUCUGGAGACCAGGCUGGCCUUGAACUUAGAAUCCACCUGCCUCCUGAGUGCUGGGAUAUGGACCAACACCACCCAGCCUUUUUUUUUUUUUUUUUUUUUUUUUUUGCUAAACAACCCAAUACAAAGAUGAAAACCUGCUUUAGUUUGCAGCUAUACAAACACACCCCGCCCGGGCCAUUGUUGUCUGGCUGGAGAAUCAUUUUUAACAUGUGGGUGAGCAAAGCCUGACAUUGCCUUGCCCCCAUUACAUGCAGAUUGGGGAGACAUGAUUCCAUGAGUCCUUUAUGAAUUCUGGCCAUAUCUUCAAUCAUGAUCUCAGUAGUAUUCCUCUGAAAUGGCACACAUUUUUCUAAUGAGAACUUGAAAUGUAAAUAUUGUGUUUGUGCUGUAAAUUUUGUGUAUUUCAAAAAUUGAAGACUCAUAAAAAACACAUUUAUUGAUA